AUGAAUUGCUUACUGCUCCUGGCCAUCGCUGGUUGUGCAUCAGCGAUCAACCUUAUAGGAAGGACACAGUCUGUUGCUGUCCGUGGCAAACUGACGUGCAAUGGCAAACCAGCAGCCGGUGUCAAAGUGAAACUGUACGAUUCUGAUAACAGUUUCCUCCCCGGUGUUGUCGAUACCGAUGAUUUGAUGGCCUCUGGUAAGACCGAUUCGAACGGCGAAUACAACCUUUCGGGAAACACGAAAGAAAUCACUGGAAUUGAGCCCUACAUCGCUAUCUAUCACGACUGCAAUGAUGGAAUCAAGCCGUGCCAACGCACAUUCCGUGUCGGAGUCCCAUCGAAGUACGUAACAAAUGGAAAGACACCAAAAUCGACGUAUGAAGCCGGACAACUGGAACUCGCUGGAAAAUAUCCGAAAGAAGGAAGAAGCUGCUUGAACUGAUCUUCUUCUAAUGAUUUUUUAAAAUGUGCUCGGUCCCUGCUCA